AUGAGAAGCGAAGAAAAAAUGAUGGAGAAGCUGGAGACCCCUCAGCCGCCGGUUGCCCCAGAACAGCAAACCACACCACCAGUCUCCCCAAUUGAUAUCCCCUCCCCAGCUACUGGGGGGGAUGAGGUUGAGGCCACCCCAUCGCCCACAACCCCCACCUCUUCCUCCCCUCCAGCCAAGGGAGCCUCUCCUCCUGAGCCUCCCCCGGCCCCAUUGCCUCACAGCGUCCCGGUCAUCAGCCUGAGCUACAGCAGCAAGCCCCCCGCCCAUGCCGAGGUCCCCACCACUCACCUCACUGCUCUGCACCCCAUUCCCAGCCUCUUACAGCUCUCAGCUCUUCCAGCUGGCCCUCCUCCGCCCCCUAUGGCGAAUUUAGCCGGAGUGAGGAGCCCCCUUUUGGCCCCACAGUAUCAGCCUCAGUACCAGCCCUUUCUCAACAGCAUCUACAUUGGCAGCUCUGGGACUUUUGGCCUCUUCCCCAACAACCGCCUCAAGCGGAGGCCGAGCCAUUAUGAACAGGACAUCACGGAGGGUCACCAGCCCCAGAAGGUGGCACGCCGGGUCUUCACCAACAGCAGGGAGCGCUCGCAGCAGAAUGUCAACGGUGCCUUCGCCGAGCUGCGGAAGCUCAUCCCUACCCACCCACCCGACAAGAAGUUGAGCAAGAACGAGAUCCUUCGCCUGGCCAUGCGAUAUCAACUUCCUGGUCAAUUGCUGAGCGACCAGGCCAGGUCAGCUGGCGGGGAACCUCCCGAAUCAGAAGCGCCUUGCAAUGACCCCAGGACUCCCUCGCCACCCACAGCACCCAUAAAAAUGGAGCAAGGGACUGUGGAGCCAGUGACUGUACUGGGGGCAGGAGUGCCGUGGUGAUGAACAGCUCCCUGCCCAAAUGUGUGCGUCCGUUGCUUCUCUCCCUUCCACACGCUCAAACAGUGCCACACAGCCACAUGUGUAGACUGAAGCACCUGGACCGAAUAUCCCUUCUGGGCACUGGAUGGAGGACUUGUGAUGUGGAGGGUGCUAUGCCCUUCCGAGGAUGAAAACUUGGAUUUCAGGGUCUGAAAUCCACACAGGGAUCCAUGGAACAGUCCCCUUUGAGCAGGACAUCCCGCCAUGACCACCUGGUGAUUAAAAGCAGGGACUUCUUUCCGAGGAGGAAUUAGGAGUGGGGCUUUUUUAUGUUCAUGUAUGUAUCCAGCUUGGCUUGUUUCCAGAAUGACCCACGAGAAGGGGGUG